ACCCGCAAUGCCAAGAGCUACUGACACCGACAUCGGGGAGGACCAUCUUAUAGACGAGAAUGGUGGCGCCUUAAGAUUUCGCACUUUUUACCGAGGAAGUGUAAAACAAAAUUCGGUCCAUGAAUUUCUAUCGUCUACCACGGAUGGUGACAAUAUUGCCCUCCUGGGAUCGACAACGUCCCUCGUUACCCUGGAGAUGACGAGCAAGGCGAAUUGCCGGCUUCCCUUUCCCUAUGUUGUCGCGAGUUUGGAUUUACCCAGCAAUGGACGCAGACCCUUAGAUGAGUUGGCCAAACAGGCAAAUCUCCCAUUUAUUUACGAACAGUGCCAUGUCCUGGAAGCUCAGCAGUUUACCUUGGAGCCCGUCUAUGUGGCAAUCUUCUCGACAGAAUUACCAAAACCUAAACUGAUAGCAGCCAAAUGGUCACCACAGAUAUUGCCCAAUAAACAAAUGCUUUUGGCCUCUCUCAAUAGCCAUGGAGUAUUCCUGUUGCUCACUAAACCGUCAGAAUGUACUCGCUGGAAGGAACUAAAUGGUCUUGAUGUGGCAGUCCACCUAAGAGACGUUCUGCAGAAACCCUAUAAGGUGAAUCCUUCAGAGAUAAACAAUUUUCAAGAUUAUCAACAUUUUAUAGAUCGCAGUUGGAUCACCAUAAUGGCCUGGGGUCCAACCAAAUUGCGUUUAUUCAGUCACACUCUUAUAUUGGGUACUGCAAGUGGGCACAUUUGGGUGCUUAGUCUGUCUCCAGAUGGUGGGCGUCUUUUGGAUCACUGGCAGAUGCAGACGGAUUUGAAUCGCAUUUGCUUUCUGCAAGUAUUCCAGGAUCUGCUAUUAGUUGGUGAUGUCAAUGGUCUGGUUAAUCUAUAUAAUUUCGCCUCCGCCUCGCUGGAAUUGACAUUGGUUAAGAAUCUUUGGCUGAAAUCAGAUCGCAUGGGUAUACAGCAAGCUGAGAUAACCCAUUGCAGAAAUAGAAAUUGCACCUACAUAACAUUUUGUAAGGGAGCACAUCUGCUCACCUGGUGUGAACAGAGCGAUGGCAAUUGGCUAGAGACACGUUUCUAUGUGGGCGGCAUGAAGAUAACAGCUCUUGCGGGAAUAACCAGCAACAGCUACAUCUUAGCCACGGCUCAGAGUAAAAUCUAUAAAAUUCAAGUGGUUCACAAGUCCAACAAUCAUUUGUCUCUUACCAUGAAACCUCUGCAGAUAAAAAGCUGUGAAAAUUAUCAAAUACUCGGGCUAUUCAAUAGUCGACAUAAGAAUCUGUAUACGGCAGUCCUUUCACCGAAAAAGGAGUACUUGCAAACCACUUCGAAAUUGCGAAAUAAAUUGCAUCUACAUGUGGGCAGCAUACAUCAGCGUGAUCCCCUGAUUCAGCUCGCUGCCAAUCUAAAACUCCAUGAGCCCAUCAAUUCCUCAGCCGAUCUGCUGGCUGAGGUUCGCCUCACUUUGUUCUUCAAGAAGAGUAUGCAAAAAUAUUUAAAUUUUAGUUCGCUCGAGUAUUUGCAAUUCCAUCAAAGGGCCACAGAGGCACAGCUGCAGCAUUUACAAUUGGUCUAUCAUAUCCUAACACCCAUUUAUGAAAUGCAAACAAAAAUAUUUCAAUAUUCCUGCCGUAAUGAGAACACAAAAUGCCGAUUGGAUUUGCUACUUGCCAUGUUGACCACAACUCAUAUGCGUUUGAGACUACAGUAUUUGGCCAGUUUAAGUGCGAAGGAUCUAACCCCAUUCCAAAUACUAGCCAGCCAAAAAAUGUUUAAAGAAUUUGCACGUUUGAAGCGGAAAUUGCAAAUCAAUCUGAAUGCCGAGGAACAUCCAGAUGAUAUCAUAACGCGACACUUUCUUGAUCAAAUGGAUAUACAUUUUGAAGAUCUGCGAGAACAGCUCAAUGUUAAAGCGGAAAAGGAUGAGCAACAUAUUCAGCUGGGGCAGUCUUUACUCCUUUGUAGCAUAUCCUAUGUUGAGAUGCCCCUUAGUCUGGAUCGUUGCUAUUGCACUUUGUGUUCACGCCCAAUCUUGAUGAACAAGCAGAAUCUUGAACAACUUUAUGAAAACGGACCAAAAAUCUUAAUCUUUUGUCCAUUCUGUCAUGGCAGCUAUAAAUACGAUUUAGUAAAUUCAUGAUAAACAUUAAAUUUUAUUCGCAAACUAAAA